GAAAUUCCAAGCCUCGAUAAUGUGUGGCAACUCGCAAUUGCCAACACAAUACAAAGAGUAGAAGACCAGCAAGUCAGCAACACGGUUUCCAAAUUGGAAUGAAAAAUCUUUCAUCUUCCUUGAUUUUAUCGUUCAUCCUCAUAAACGAAGCGCAGAACUAAACUGAACAAAACGAGGAUGGCUUCAAUCUACAGCUGCAGCGAGUGCGGGAGCAAUCUGAACCUGAAGACCACCCAUCUCUAUCCGGCCGACUUCUACUUCGAGGCGGGAAACAAGGGCUCACUCUCCUUCGCUUUGAUCGAUGACACCAAGUUCAGUUUCGAAAAAGAGGACAAGUUGAGACCUUUUUUUGAAACUCGAAACUACUGGGGAAUUCAGCGAAACAGGACCAAGAUUAAAUGCAAUAGUUGUGGUUUUCAUGUUGGAUUCAUUUACGAUGAUGGGCCUCCGCUCACUGAGACUCCUGGCCGCGUCUUUCAUUUUGGACCCAGUCAAGCCAUACCUAGAGCUCCGAGAUAUAGGUUCAAGACCAAGGCUUUUCGGAUCUCCACAGAGACUUGAACAAUUUGCUCUCCUGUUCUGUUCCGUUUUUGUAUUUUUGAUGGGGUGCUCAUUUAGAUAUGCUCAUUUUCAUUUUUAAUUUAUGUUAUGGAUUUUUAUUUCAUUUAUCUCUGUAUUCAAUAUUUUGAUAUAGUUUAUAUAAUUUUG